UUCUGGGAGGAAUUCCUCCCGCUUUUAAAUCUUCUAUUUGGAAGGGCAGCUCUUCCAGAUUUUUCUUCAAUAAAAAUAAACAACUAAUCAAAUCGAACAAAGCACACGAUCUCUCAGAAGAGAGUAUUUCACUUGUGUUGGUCCAUUGUUUCCGAAUUCCCCAAAAAGAAAAAAAAACACCUUCCCCGAAUCCUUCCCCCUCCCACAUAAAUAACACCGUACAAUCAAUGAACAACAACAACAACAAAAAUCAACGUUAAAAUGCAAAAUUAAACACACUCGGUAUAAAAAAAAAGAGAAUUUCUCAAACUAAAGUACAAAUCGAUUUAAAAAAAGAGAUAUAAAAUGUGAAGUUUUCAUUAAACCACAAAACAAAACAAAACAAAAAUCUUCUUAAAACGGAAUAUAAAAAAAAGUUGUGCAAUUUAAAAGUGUGCUAAACAGAUUAAAGUGAAAAGUUUCGAAAACAAAGCAAAUUCAUUAAAUAAAUCUACUAAAAAGAAGUCCAAAGCGAAAAAUCGCGCGCGCCAAUCCAUACUCACUCGCACACACACACAACCCCGACAGCCAAAGUGUGAGAGCGACAACAACAGAAACGUGCGCCACCAUAAAGAAAUAAAUAAAUUUUCCCUCGAAACAAAAGCGAGAGAGCGAAAAGAAAGUGGUAAAUAAAAGGAAUAUAAAAUAAUAAGUAAAACGUUGUAGCAGCAGCAACAGCAACAGCAACACGAUUGGAACGAGAGAAGAGAGAAAAGUUUGGGUGAAUGUUUCCUGGACGAAAAUACACCAACGAUGACACAUCGCCACAGCGAAAACGUCACUGGAGACUAUUUAAAACAUUUCACAAAGAAACCGGAGGAUUCAGUGGUUUACCCAAAAUGGGAGCUAUCCAAUCAUAAAUAAAUCAUAAACAUCGAUAAAAAUUCAAAUUCGAUAAUUUACAACCAAUUAAUAAAAAAAACAAACAAACCAGAAAACUUAAAGAAAAGUGAGUGGUAAAAAGAAUAAAGAAGAAAACAAAAAUAGAAGCCAAAAAAAUUGCGCUGGCCAGAAAAGUAUGCCGAUGGUUUUAGUUGUAAGCGAAAACUGUUAUUAAAACCAUACAUAAGUUCGGUUUAGUGUUGAUUGAAAAAGAAACCGAAAGAAAGUAGAAAAUGGUGCUCAAGACUGAUAAAGUGCAAUAAAAGGACUAAACUCACAUCAACGCAAAUUCAAUAUAAAAUUGCGAAAAAGAAACGAAGCGAAGAAGAAGCAGGAGAAAAAGAAGCGAAAUAUAAUUAAUUUCAUCAAACAUCGACUUUCCAUUGAAAUUCGAUAGAAAGCAAAGCAAAACAGUUGAAAAUAGCUCGAAUAAAAUAAAAAAACCACAACAACAAAGAGACAGGCAUCUAAGAAAAUAAAACAAACAAACCAACAACAACAACAACAACAAAAUCAUCAACCAAACACAACAAAAAAAACCAACAAACCACAAUUAUCUCAUGAUACUACUCAUAAAUUUUUGAUUUGAAAGCGGAUCGUUAUGGUGUGUACAAAGCUCAAAACCAAACAAUAGAACUGGAGUUAAAUUUAAAACUGUGUUUUUAUCAUUACAAUACGACAUACAUUUACAUUUUCAACACAUAAACACUAAAUAAUAUGUUGCAAUAGCCACAUACAAUACAAAAUACACGUAACGUUCCGUGCAAUAGUCACUAGAAUAUAAAUCACAAUAGGACGGCAAUUUUAAUCAUUUUGUUUACAAUAAACAGCCCAGUUAAUUUUCGUUUUUUGAGAUUUUUGUGUGUGAAUAAAACAGAAACAUAUAAACAACAAAUAAAACAAAACCAAAAAAAAAAUCCAUAAUUAAACAUAAAAAAAAACAAAUCAUAUUAAAAUAAAAUAAAAAAGAAAUAACAACAAGUUAUAAGAAUCUUCGUCGACCCAAAAAUCCAGCGGCGGUUACAAAACGACAACAACAACAACAACAGAGAAUAAAUCUGAUUAAUAACAGCAUUCCAAUGACAACCGAUUUUGAGCAGCAGCUAAAUAAUCAAACGGCUGUUUUCAAAAUGGAUACGGAAUUUUUGCAACAAGCUAGCAAAGCCAUUCCGUUGAGUCCAUCAACCAUAUCGUCAAAUCAUAUGUCGUUGCCAUCGCAAACCAAUACCGAUUCGACAACACUUAAUAGCCUGGCAAACAAUGCAAAUUCUUGCGAAAACAAUUUGAUACAUCAGCAACAGCAGAUGUGUCAGAAUCUGUGCAAUCAACAACAGCAACAAUCACAACAAUCACACCUUGACGGUGUUCAUAGUAGCAAUUCUACUCAUAACAGUUUUUUCCCUCUAUCAUUGCCGCACAGCAACAACAACAAUAACAACGAUGAUGACAAAAACAACAAUAAUAACAAUGCCAAUACUGGUCUGAACAUGGCAAAUGGGUAUGAUUUGAAAAGUUUAUGCCAUGGGAAUAGCAUUGACAUUACACUCAGCAACACGGUUCAUGAACUGAAUGUUUUAACAUCUGUAUUGAAUUCACAAAUGCAACUGGUCGUUCAGCAGCAGCAGCAACAGCAACAACAACAGCAGCAGCAGCAACAACAACAACAACAACAACAACAGCAACAGCAGCAGCAACAACAGCAGCAACAGCAACAACAACAACAGCAGCAGCAGCAGCAACAACAACAGCAAAACCAGAACUUGGGCAUGCAACAAAACAAUCAACGACAGUCUCCAAUUGAAGCAGUGCAGCAACAAAAUCAAAAGCUUCUCGCUCAACAACCAAUGUCUCCAUCUGAUAAACAGCAACCACAGUUGCAGUUAUCAAGGCCAAAUAGUGCAGCUGCAGCAGCAAUUAGCGAACGUACGCUAGAAGAAUGCUGGUCAACCCUUCAACGAGUGAGUUGGCAUCUCUUCCGUUGUAUUUUCAUGCAUAAGAGUGCGAUGCAAAUGCAACAUGCUCGGGAUCUACAGCGUGGUGUCGGUGCCGGUACAAACAGUGGAAAUAGCGCCAAUGCUGGUGGGCUAGCUGCUGCCAUUAAUACAAACAAUAUCAGCGGAUUGCCGGCCAUUAUGGGCGCCAGCGGUGAAAUUAAACCACAUCAAUGUCAACAAUGUCUGAAGAGCUUCUCGUCCAAUCACCAGUUGGUGCAACACAUUCGCGUUCACACCGGCGAAAAACCAUACAAAUGUUCCUAUUGUGAUAGACGAUUCAAGCAAUUGUCACAUGUUCAACAACACACACGGCUACAUACAGGUGAGCGUCCGUACAAGUGUCACUUGCCCGAUUGCGGCCGAGCGUUCAUCCAAUUGUCGAACUUGCAGCAGCACUUACGAAAUCAUGAUGCUCAGGUGGAACGAGCCAAAAAUCGCCCAUUCCACUGCAAUAUCUGUGGUAAGGGUUUUGCAACGGAGUCCAGCUUAAGAACGCAUACAUCAAAGGAAUUGCAACUCCAUUUGGGUGUACUUCAGCAGCAUGCCGCUUUGAUUGGUGGUCCAAAUGCAACAUCUUGCCCAAUUUGCCAUAAACUGUUCCUGGGUGCCGAUUCACUCAUGGAACACAUGAAGCACAGCCACAAAGAACCAACCAACAAUACUGCACCAGCAACAACAGCCAUUCCCCCAUCUCCAACCGAUUUUUUAGGCAAGCGGCGAACUGCCAAUCAUCCGUGUCCCGUCUGUGGCAAGCACUAUGUGAACGAAGGAUCAUUGCGUAAACAUUUGGCAUGCCAUCCAGAAACGUCACAGCUCACAACUAGCUUACGCAUGUGGCCAUGCUCGGUAUGCCAAGCUGUCUUCACUCAUGAAUCAGGUCUGUUGACGCACAUGGAGCACAUGAGAAUGGAUCCAAAACAUCAGUUUGCCGCUCAGUAUGUGCUGUCACGUGCGGCAGCCGAACGGCGCGAACGUGACACACUGUUGGCUGCAGCCGCAGCGGUUUCAGCAUCUGGUUCCGGUCUGUUGGGUCUAUCGGGUGUUGGCCAAAAUUCGAUGUGUCCAUCGCCUUCAGCACAAUCCGAUAGCUCGUCGAAUAAUGGCCGCUUAUCAUCAGCCGGAUCUGAAGCGGGUAUUGGUCUCCUCAACAACAAUAACAAUAACAAAUAUAAUGGUCAUUUGAAUCCACAAUAUGAUGAUUUGCACUCGGCCAAUCGAAUGGCACUAAUGACAGAAGCGGCCGUCAAUUUGGCUGCAGCGAUGCGAAUAGGACAGCAACAGCAGCAAAAUCAACAUCAGCAAAAUAAUCAACAAAAUAACCAGCAACAGCACCAAUCGCUGAACAAUGGUUCAUCGAUGGGAAGUUUGGAGAGUGCAACGAAUUCAUCGCCAUUGAUGGCAUCGAAUGAUGCAUCGGCGGCCGCCCAAGCCGCAAUGAAUGCGAUGCGAGUAUCAAUGGCCGAUUCAAUGAUGCGAUCGACCAUGAACAAUAACAAUAGCGAGUCGAUACAAUUGAAUCAAUCACAAAAUCACCUCCAACAUCAUACGCAGCAUUCGCCCGAAGCAGCACUCCGUAUACAUCAAGCCGAAGCGAUUUUACGGUCACAGGCCGAAGCCGCAUUGCGUUUAGCCGUAUCUCAAGCAGCCGCCGUUGCUGCGUCCACAACAGCCAACGCAAACAACAAUCUUAAUGACAACUCACACAACUCGAACAACAACAACAACAACAAUUCCAACAAUAAUCCAGCGAACAGCAAUGGAAACUCGUCAAAUGCAGCCAAUGAACUGAAUGUUAAUGCUUUGCGACAUCACAACGGCUCCUUUAUGCCACAAAAUAACUCAGAUACACCUGGAGCGCAAAAUCAAAAUCCAUUGAUCGGAAGCCAUCAGCUUGGCCAACAUGUGUCGCCCGAAUUGAGCGAAGCGCUCCGGUUUCAAGAACAACGACUCGAACAGGCGCUUCGACUGCACGGCAACGAUCCGCGUGCAUUAGGCUUUGCACUUGGCAACCAUCAAGCUCAGUCACAUCCUGGUCACAAUCAAUAAUCAACAUAAAUGCGUCACAAAUCCAAAAGCCGCAAUGUGUAAGAGGCUUCUUCUUCACAUACAGUCCACACAGAAACGAGUUCUCGAUAGAACGAGAUAGACCGAGAGAAACAGAGAGAUGGAGAGACGAGAAACUUCAAUGCUUUUCGCUAAAUUAUUGAAAUUAAAAUGAUUGGAGAGAUGAAAUGAUGAAAGAGAAAGAGAAAAAAAAUAACGUUUAGUCCAUGUUUCCCCUUUAAUUUAAUACUUUUACACGUUAAUUAUAAGCAUUCUUACUAUUAUUGUUACAAUUAUCAUUAAUCAUUAUGGUAAAAAUGACAAAGACAAGAAGAAAGAGACACACACACACACACACACACAGUGCGCGCGAACAACAACCACCAUACACAACAAAAUCCAAUUGCAACGGUAGUCACUGCAAAAUAUGAAUAUCAGGAACUAUGCAUUUAGCAAACGCAAAACAACAACAACAAAAUUCAUUAAGACAAGAGACGAGUGUUGUACAUCACAAGCUGCCAUAUUAUCAUAAAAGAACAAUUUUCUUUGCAAAACCCACAGUCACAGACGAGAAUUAAGAAAAAGUAUGAAGCAAAAAAAUCUGUUUUAGGAAUUGAUUUCUAGCUACAAAAGAAAGUUUUAUGUUGAACAUGCACGGUGAUUCAAAAGAAAAAAAUUAUUUUUGUUGAAAAAUAUGCGAGAACUGAACAUUUUCCACGCAAAAACGAGCAACAAAAACCAAUAUCCAUUGCGUUGACAUUUGAAUAAGUUUGGGCGCACCAAAUUUUCUUCCGUUAUCAUGGUCAAAUAGAGUUACCAUAGAAAAGCGAUCAUUUUUUUUUUGAUGACACAAAAAUAAAGAAAAGAGAAAAAUGUCAACGCGGUUUUUUUAUUCAAAGUGUGAACCAAGAUCCAAUGCAAAGCACAAACUGAGUUUUUAUGAUUUACUUUUUCUGGAAACCAAAAGACUGAUCACAAAACGAACUACCUGAAACGGAACGCAAUACACAUAUUCGUUCUGAAAUUAAAGAAGAAAAAAACAACAAACAAACAACAACAAAAACUACGUUUGAGAAUAUUUUUUGUGGUACACCAAUCCUUAUUCGCUCGAAUUCUUGGUUGAAAUCGUUGGCUCUUGGUUCGGGCUGACCGAAAUAUAUUUUUUUUUCUGGUAUCAAGACUCAAAUUUCAUAUGGAUUCCAGUGGAAAAUGUUCGCACCGACACCGUAUGUCAUACACAAUAUCAAAGUCAAGUAUUUUUUUUUCCUUUCUCGUUUUGAAAUUUCCUUUUCAUUUUGUUUGUGUCAUGUAUAUAAUAGUUAUUAACAACAAAAAAUGGAAAUAAUUUAGAUGAAACAAAAAAAAAACACACA